AUGGUGGGGUGGGGGUGCAUCACGUUGCUGUGUGUGCUGUCGCAAGUGACGUUAACUAUGACGGAGUGGUUCAUGAGGGUGUGUGGGCCAGUGAAGCUCCGACCUCCGUCCUCUAUGGAUAGAUCAACGUUUGCGCUGCUGCUGGUGCCGCCUUAUCGGUCCACCUUCGAGAUAUUUACCUCUGUGUUAAAAGCACCGGUGCCCACCUUCUUUGACGUCACGUCUGUGGAUCGCAUGCUUCUCGUCCGGCUUGGACCAAAAAUCGACUCGACUUUGCUGCAUUACAUCUUGUACUUGGUCGAGUUUCACUUUGCCUUGUUCGCAGUGCUAUUCGUGUGCGCCCAGGCUAAGCGAAGCUAUAACGCCACCACCAACGAACUCUACCGAAUGGACGGCGUGACUCGGUCGCCGCUUGUUUUGCGCGGUGAGGACUUGUAUCAUGUCAGUCUGCUGCUCUGCGAAAGUGAUAACGGCAGACAUCGAUGCCACUUUACUUGCUUGAACCUUGCGAUAACGCAGCAGUGCUCCCCACGCGACGAAGGCUUCGAUGUCGGCUCCAACUUGCUUGGCUACCGUUUCGAUUCUUUUGACAAGUGA